CUUAUCAGUUAUUUCUUCCACAGAUCUUAUCUUUAGUGUUGUGUCUAAAAGUCAUCACCAUGCCCAAGGUCAGUUAGGUUUUCACCUAUGUUAUAUUCCAGAAGUUUUAUAGUUUUACAUUAUAUGUUGCCUAUGACCCAUUUUGAGUUAAAAUUUUUGAAGAGUGUGAGGUCUAUGUUUAGAUUCUUUUUUGUAAGUUGUUCCAGUACAUUUGGUGAAAGGACUGUCUUUGCUCCAUUGUAUUGCCUUUGCUCCUUUGUCAACAAUCAGUUGACUGUAUUUAUGUGCGUCUCUUUCUGGGCUCUUUUUUCUGUUUCAUUAAUGUCUUAGUAAUCUUUACCAAUACCACACUGUAUUGAUCACUGUACCUUUAUAAUAAAUAUGUAAAUAGAGUAGUGUCAGUCUUCUGACUUUGUUCUUCAGUAUUGAGUUGGCAGUUCUAGGUCUUUUGCCUCUCUAUAUAAAUUUUGAAUAGGUUUGUCAAUAUCCACAAAAUAACUGGCUGAAUUUUUAUUGGAAUUUUGUUUAAUCUAUGGGUCAACUUGAGAAGAGCUGACAUCUUGACAAUAUUGAGUCCUUCUAUUCAUGAACAGGGAAUAUUUCCCCAUUUAUUUUGUUCUUUGAUAUUUUUCAUCACAAUUUUGUAGUUUUUCUCAAAUACUUUAUUUACUAUUAGAUUCAUACAUAAUUCAUUUUAGGGUGCUAAUGUAAAUAGUAAUGUAUUUUUAAAAAUAUUUUAUUUAUUUAUUUGACAGAGAUCGUAAGUAGACAGACAGGCAGAGAGAGAGGAGGAAGCAGGCUCCCUGCCGAGCAGAGAGCCGGAUGUGGGACUUCAUCCUAGAACCCCAAGAUCAUGUCCUGAGCCGAAGGGAGUCAUCAUCCAGGGACCUACCAGAGACCACAAGAAAACAUGGGGAAGAUUUUCCUCACAGGAGAAAAAGCCAAUUCAGUAUUGAAACGCUACCCAAGAGCGAAUGGACUUUUUGAAGAAAUAAGACAGGGCAACAUUGAUCGUGAGUGCAAGGAAGAAAUCUGCACAUUUGAAGAAGCAAGAGAAGCUUUUGAAAAUACGGAGAAAACUCUGGGAAAUCUCCGAGGCCACCACCGCCCUCGGCCCCGCCGCCGCCCGCCGCGCAGCCCUCGCCUCCGCCCCACCUUCGCCUUCGCCCUGGUGCCCGGGCCGCCAGCCAUGGCCACCCCGCUGCUCUCCCAAGUGCGCCAGAACUACCACCCCGACUGCGAGGCCGCCGUCAACAGCCAGAUCAGCCUGGAGCUCUACGCCUCCUACGUGUACCUGUCCAUGGCCUUCUACUUCGACCGCGACGACGUGGCCUUGAAGCACUUCGCCCGCUUCUUCAUGCGCCGCUCCCGCAAGGAGACCCAGCACGCCGAGAAGCUGAUGGAGCUGCAGAACCAGCGCGGGGGCCGCCUCCGCCUCCGCGACAUCAAGAAGCCGGACCGCGACGACUGGGAGGGCGGCCUGAAGGCCAUGGAGAGCGCCCUGCACCUGGAGAAGAGCGUGAACCAGAGCCUGCUCGACCUGCACCAGCUGGCCACCGACAAGAACGACGCCCAGCUGUGCGACUUCCUGGAGAGCCACUACCUGCACCAGCAAGUCGAGGCCCUCAAAGAGCUGGGGGGCUAUGUCACCAGCCUGCGCAAGAUGGGGGCCCCCGAAGCCGGCGUGGCAGAGUACCUGUUUGACAAGCUCACCCUGGGCGACAGCGACAAAAAGUACUGAGUUGGGACUGUUUUCCCCAUAGCCCCAGGGUGCAUGGUGACUUUCCCUGAUCACCAUGCCAAGCAUGCUUAUUGCCAUAUUGCUUCUGCAAAAGGUUCCAGUUCUUCCAGUUUUUCCACGAAUAAAGUUAAUUUCGUUUAAAUAAAGUUAUUUGAUUCUUAAAUAAAGGUCUCUGGUUGAAUUUUAUGCAUAUCUCUCACCUUUUAAGUUUUAAAACGUAUUCAGGAAUCUCUCCACCCACCCAACCCCAUCCACAUGCAGCUCAGGAUCUCUGAAAAUAAGAGGGAGAAGAUAUUUCAUGGGCCCAUGGAAAACACAGAAUUAAUCUUACCCUUAUAAACAGUGUUGUGGUGGAUGGGUGAUCUAGGGCCCUGAUGAAUGUGGGAUCCUGUGCAUAGUAAAAGUAUAAAAAUAUGGCUUGAAAAUUAUGAUUGGGGUUGAUCUGGGGGAAAGAGUGACGGAAAUGCGGUUGGGCAGGGAUUAAAGUUAAGGAGGUCUUUAGCUUUACCUGAAAACUUUUAGUUUGUUAAAAUAUGUAAAUACUAAUGUUUGUUGAUUCUAGAUAGCAAAAAGGGAUUCCGGAAGCCAUGGCAGGAUACCUCUUUGACAAGCUCACCACGGACAACAGUGAUAAGAGAAACUGAAUAUUAGGCUGGCUUCCCCCACGAUAUGAGAGUGAUUACCUUUGGACCCCUGUGCGGGACAUGCAUAUUGUCAUUAGGAAACUUCUGUUUCCCCUUAUAAACAGUGUAGGUACGUGGGAUGGGGUUCAGAUGGGUGGUUUGGAGCCUGAGUUGCUGUAGAUGGGGGUGUUUGACAAAAGUAUAGAAAAAACAUGGUCUGGAAUUUAUAAUAGUUGCUUCUGGGAAAGAAGUGAAAAAUGGGGUUGAGUAGAGAUUAAAAUAAAUAGGAGUCAACUUUAUUUGAAUCUUUUUUAGCUCAUUAAGUCAGACAGAUGUUAAUGUUUGCUGUUUCUCAGUAAUAGCUUGGGGGCCC